GGCGGGCUGAAUGCCACGGCCGGUAUGGCUUCAGUCUUUUGAACACCGGGGCGGGCUGAAUGCCACGGCUGGUAUGGCUUCCGUCUUUUGAACACCGGGUCGCGGUUGCAAUGGUGAAGGCAUCUGGCUGCUAUAUCCAAGGUCACCGGUUCGAUACCAUCCGGUGCAUACCCAGUAACCCGAUUCGGUCGCUGGUGGCUGAGAUCGGCAAGAGUGUGGCCGCGGUGUGCCAAUAUGUGGAGAAUGAACAUCAGAAGAAAGCUUCCAAGGAGCGGAAGAAGGCUGAGAAGAAGGAAGCUGAGGAACGCGAGAAAGUUGAACGUGCAGCAGCGGAGCUGACGAAGAAAAAGGAGGAGGGAAAGGCUAGGAAGGAAGCUGACCGUAUUGAGGAAAUGAACAAGAAUUUGGACAUAAAAGUGGCAGUGCGUGUUGGUGAGUUGUGGGAGGAUGUACGUGAGGACUUGCGGCAAGAGAUUCGGGAGGCAAUCGGCAAACUGUUCGUAGCAGUGACACGUGGAAAGCAGAAGAAAAUACAACCGGCGGUUUCCGCAUCGGACAAUAGUGGGAGCAGCAGCGAGACGGAAGAACCGAGUACUCGGACCCGCAAUCUCUGUAUCACGGAGAAACGCAAAAGAGGUGAGGAACCGGUCUUUGAGGACAGCCCUCCUACGGAGCUGCCGCCAAAGAGAACACCGAGGAAAACAGGCAAGCCGGUGAAUCUUACCUUUAAGCUUACUAGAUCGAGGGCUAAGGAGAAGAUGAAGACCGUGACCCCGACCCCGAAGAAGACGCCUGCGUCAAUUCAUAAGAAGAAGAUCCCAACAUCUAUUGGAAUGGUUGCGCGUUUGAAGCUUGAGAAGCAGUUUAUGCAUGAAUUGAAGAACUUGGAUGCUUUGGUGCUGCAAAACGUGUGCAGCGAUGAAGGUAUUCCCUAUAACGGCAAGUUCGAAGCUGUUUUUGAUAUAGCUGCUCACCAUAUCAAGCUUGCCUACGAUACGGACGAUGAAGACGAGGCGGAGACUUCACAAGAAGCGGAGACGAAGGAAACCACCGAGGGCGAUGGUAAACCAGAAGUUGAGUGAUGUGGCUUCAGCACUGCUGACCUUUGGAAGAUUGUUGGCUGUCUCACAAAGUGGAGGGCUAAGAGAGUUUUUGUGGAGAGGUUUAACCUUAGCCUUAAGGGUAUAAUGAAUAGCGCUAACACGA